CUCGUUCGCAAAUCUAGGGUUUUUUUUGAAGAUUUUGAUCGAAGAUCCAAGUUCUCCGCUCUCGAUCAAACUCAACGAUUCUUAAAACUGUGGGAAAUUCCGUUUAUUUUAGAAUUUUACCGCGAUUUUGAUCGGGACCUUGGUAAAAAUCUCAUCUUUUUCAUCUUUGAAAGCGAUUGGAGUCGUAUCGUUCGGCUUUUUGUCACCGCGUUCUGAGAUAAGGACCCAAACCCAAGGAGACGUGAACGGAACGGAAACCCUAGCUGUGGUCUUUAUAUUGGCUGGAGGAGAGGAAUUUUGGGAGUGUUUUCCUUGAUUUCUUCAGCUGUUUAUUGGUUUUUUAUUAGGGUUCCAAAGUUCUCUAGGAAGUGCUGUUCUAAGCUUUUAUUUAAUUGUAUUAGUAUUAUUAUUAUUGUGAAUUUGGAUUAAAUUUUCUUAAUUUGGAUAUUGAUGCUAAAUUGUUAAUUUUCUGUACAGAUUCACAUAGAAACAAGUCUAGGUUUGAAAAAGAUUCAGACUGUGAAUCGGUUCUUAGAAUUUUCAGUUAUUUUGAUUACUGAAAAGUGAUUCAGGUCUUAAAAAAUCUUUUUUUUUUUUUAGCUUUGAGAAUUAGUUUUCUUGGUGUUUAGAGUCUUGUUGUCUCUAAAUUCAGUUGAUUUUAUAGAUUUUGAUUCAUAGAUCUCCAAAAGUAUUUAGCAUGACUAUUGAUAGCAUUUCACAUGUUGAGAAUAAGAGCAGCAGCAAGAGAAGACAUAUUCCUGAUGAAAAGGCUCCCUUGUUACCAACCAAAAGAGAAGAAGAAGAAGAAGCUGGUUUCAGUGAGUUUAAUGGAGCUUCCUUUGCUGGGGCAGUGUUCAACUUGUCCACAACCAUUGUUGGAGCUGGGAUUAUGUCCCUUCCUGCAACCAUGAAGCUCUUGGGCUUGGUUCCAGGGAUUGUGAUGAUAAUCUUUGUUGCAUUCCUUACCGAAGCUUCUAUUGAGAUGUUGAUCAGGUAUAGCAGAGCAGGCAAGACAAGCUCAUAUGCAGGAGUUAUGGGAGAUUCCUUUGGGAGGAUUGGGAGGAUGCUGCUUCAGAUUUGUGUGGUUGUGAAUAAUAUUGGAGUUAUGAUUGUGUACAUGAUAAUCAUCGGUGAUGUGCUUUCUGGAACAUCUGCUAGCAGUGUUCAUCACUUUGGAGUCCUGGAAGGAUGGUUUGGUGUACAUUGGUGGAAUGGCCGUGCUGUUGUUCUUUUAUUUACUACUCUUUGUGUAUUUGCUCCGUUGACUUGCUUUAAACGUGUAGAUUCUUUAAAAUACACUUCUGCUUUAUCAGUUGGUCUUGCUGUUGUCUUUGUUAUUAUUACUGCCGGAAUUGCCAUUGUGAAACUGCUGAGUGGAAGUAUUCCGAUGCCGAAGUUAUUCCCAACUUUGACUGAUCUAGCAUCUGUCUCAAGCCUUUUCACCGUUGUCCCUGUUAUGGUUACAUCAUACAUCUGCCACUACAACGUUCAUACCAUUGAGAAUGAGCUUGAGGAUCCAACUCAGAUACAACCAAUCGUGCGUACUUCACUAGCACUCUGCUCUACUAUCUACGUAGCCACAAGUUUAUUCGGCUACCUCCUCUUCGGCGAUUCCACUCUAGAUGAUGUGCUUGCCAACUUCGAUUCCGAUCUUGGCAUUCCAUACAGCGGUUUUCUCAAUGAUACCGUCCGUGUGAGCUAUGCUCUCCACAUAAUGCUCGUAUUUCCCAUAAUCUUCUUCGCGCUCCGGCUCAACUUGGACGGCCUACUCUUCCCGUCAUCAAGACCUUUGUCAUCCGAUAACUGUAGGUUUGGAUCCAUAACAGCAAUACUUCUCUCACUCAUCUUCUUGGCAGCAAAUUUCAUUCCAAGCAUUUGGGACGCCUUCCAAUUUACCGGUGCUACUGCCACAGUUUUCAUCGGUUUUAUCUUCCCUGCGGCCCUUGCCCUCAGGGAUCCUCACGGCGUCGCAACUAGAAGAGAUAAGAUCUUAUCUGUGUUCAUGAUCACUCUUGCUGUUCUGUCAAACUCGAUCGCAAUAUCCAGCGACAUUUUCGCUCUCGUCCAGAAGAUCAAACCUUCACCUUCUUAAAUGUUCAAAGACUGAAUGCUAUAAUUAUCAAUAUUCUCAGUUUAAGUAAUAUUUUUGUUGAAUUGUCUAAAGAACAAACUCAAUAUCUAUGUUGAGAAUCAUGUGCUAUAAACCUUGCUUUGGAAUAAAUUGUGCAUUGUUUAAUAAAGUAUAUGUUUGCAAGAUCA